UACAGUUUCUAGUCCCUCUUGGCUUUCCGUCCCGCCGGUCUCCGGCUGACGGAAAUCAGCCGAGACCGCCAUAUUGAAGCAGCGGCCGGGUCUUAGAGAGGGGUCAGUGUGAACCCGAAGCGUCUGCAGAGGCCCCCUCGACUCCUCCGGGGAGAAGCAAUAUGUUAAGGAUACCUGUUAGAAGGGCCUUAACAGGCCUUUCCAAUUCUCCGAAAGGAUAUGGGUCAGUUCGAACAACUGCAACAGCAGCAAGCAACUUGAUUGAAGUGUUUGUUGAUGGUCAGUCUAUCAUGGUAGAACCUGGAACUACUGUCCUUCAAGCUUGUGAGAAGGUUGGCAUGCAGAUCCCUCGAUUCUGCUAUCAUGAAAGGUUAUCUGUUGCUGGAAACUGCCGGAUGUGCCUGGUUGAAAUAGAGAAAGCUCCCAAGGUUGUAGCUGCUUGUGCUAUGCCAGUAAUGAAGGGUUGGAAUAUCCUGACAAACUCAGAAAAAACUAAGAAAGCCAGAGAAGGUGUGAUGGAGUUCUUACUAGCAAAUCAUCCAUUGGACUGUCCUAUUUGUGACCAGGGAGGAGAAUGUGAUCUGCAGGACCAAUCCAUGAUGUUUGGAAGUGAUCGAAGCCGGUUUUUAGAGGGGAAACGUGCAGUAGAGGACAAGAACAUUGGGCCAUUGGUAAAGACCAUUAUGACUAGAUGCAUUCAGUGUACCCGGUGCAUCAGGUUUGCAAGUGAGAUUGCAGGAGUUGAUGAUUUGGGAACAACAGGCAGAGGAAAUGAUAUGCAAGUUGGAACAUAUGUAGAGAAGAUGUUUAUGUCUGAAUUAUCUGGGAAUGUCAUUGAUAUCUGCCCUGUGGGUGCCCUAACCUCUAAGCCAUAUGCCUUUACUGCCCGACCUUGGGAAACAAGAAAGACAGAAUCCAUUGAUGUAAUGGAUGCAGUUGGAAGUAAUAUUGUGGUUAGCACAAGAACUGGAGAGGUGAUGAGGAUUUUGCCACGAAUGCAUGAGGACAUCAAUGAAGAGUGGAUCUCUGAUAAAACCCGAUUUGCCUAUGAUGGGCUGAAACGUCAGAGACUUACUGAGCCGAUGGUCAGAAAUGAAAAAGGACUUUUAACCCAUACCUCCUGGGAGGAUGCACUCUCUCGUGUAGCUGGAAUGUUGCAGAGCUUCCAAGGCAAGGAGGUGGCAGCAAUUGCAGGCGGCUUGGUGGAUGCUGAAUCCCUAGUAGCUCUGAAAGAUAUACUGAAUAGAGUGGACUCUGACAUCUUAUGUACUGAAGAGAUCUUCCCCACUGCUGGAGCUGGUACAGAUUUGCGUUCCAAUUACCUCCUUAAUACUACAAUUGCUGGUGUGGAAGAAGCAGAUGUAAUCCUUCUGGUUGGUACAAACCCACGGUUUGAAGCACCACUAUUUAAUGCUAGAAUUCGAAAGAGCUGGCUUCAUAAUGAUUUAAAAGUGGCCCUUAUAGGCAGUCCAGUGGAUCUCACAUACACAUAUGAUCACCUGGGAGACUCCCCCCAGAUUCUACAAGACAUUGCUUCGGGCAGCCAUUCAUUCAGCCAGGUCUUAAAGGAUGCUAAAAAACCAAUGGUGGUUUUAGGUAGUUCUGCACUCCAGAGAAAUGAUGGAGCAGCUAUUUUUGCCACUGUUUCUAGCAUUGCACAGAAGAUUCACGCAGAGAAGAUUCGCGUGACUAGUGGUGUUCCUGCUGAUUGGAAAGUUAUGAAUAUCCUUCAUAGGAUUGCGAGCCAGGUAGCUGCUUUAGACCUUGGCUAUAAACCUGGGGUAGAAGCAAUUCGAAAGCACCCUCCCAAAAUGCUGUUUCUGCUGGGAGCAGAUGGAGGUUGUAUCACACGACAGGACUUACCAAAGGACUGCUUCAUUGUUUAUCAAGGACAUCAUGGUGAUGUUGGAGCUCCCAUAGCUGAUGUUAUUUUCCCAGGAGCUGCUUACACAGAGAAGUCUGCUACCUACGUUAAUACUGAGGGUAGAGCUCAGCAGACUAAAGUAGCAGUGACACCACCUGGCUUGGCUAGAGAAGACUGGAAAAUUCUAAGAGCUCUCUCUGAGAUUGCUGGUAUGACUCUUCCAUAUGAGACUCUGGAUCAAGUGAGGAACCGAUUAGAAGAGGUCUCUCCAAAUCUUGUUCGAUAUGAUGAUGUUGAAGGAGCCAAUUACUUUCAACAAGCAAAUGAGCUCUCUAAGCUAGUGAACCAGCAAAUUCUUGCUGAUCCUUUGGUUCCACCUCAGCUAACUAUAAAAGACUUCUACAUGACAGAUUCAAUUAGCAGAGCCUCACAGACAAUGGCCAAGUGUGUCAAAGCUGUCACAGAGGGUGCCCAGGCAGUAGAGGAACCAUCCAUAUGCUGAAAGGUCUAUUGAGGAACCCUGCUUUGCUUCAAAUGCCGCAUGGACAAAAUUACAUUGGAGUAAUCUCUUAUAAACCUUAUCUCUUUCAAAAAAAAAUCUGACAUAAUAUUUAAAGUUAUGUCCUACAGUUAUCAAAGAACUUGUCAGCUUCAAAUUUGUAUAUUGUGUGUAAAUGUUUGACAGAAUUGUAUUUAGGGGCUAGAGAUGUAGGCCAAUUCAGUGGUAGAAUAUUUGCCUAGCAUGCAUGAGGCCCUGGGUUUAAUUCCUAGCACUGAAAAAAACAACUGUAUACAUUUACUUUCAUGUAAAAGUGGUGGUAAGCCUUGUGAUAAAUACAAAGAAAACCUUAAAAUGUGAA